CAUUACACACAGACGCUGAUGUUCCUACAGACUGUGCGGAUUGCUCCACCGAGAAUACCCUGUGUUCUUCAAGCUAAUCUAGUAUUUAAAAAAACGUUCAUUAUACUUUUUAACGUAGAACAGAUUAGCAGUUCGAAACCACAUGAAUGCAUCGCACCAAUGUUCACUUCAGUGAAACAGUCCCUCAGGUCUGCCACACGGCCAUUGGCAACACUGACUCUUAUGACCCCGCAAACGUCGGGGAAGGUUGUUGUGUAUUCGAUGUUAUAAAUAUUAGGUGAUAUGUUGACUGAGGAAAGGAAAUAUAUGUGAAAGACGGAAUGUCAAGUAACGUGAGUCAUGCAACUUUGAGUCUACAUGAAUAUAGUGGAGCGAAUUGGUGGAAUUAACUCGUUAUUCUUUCCAGCAGAUGAUGCAGACCACAAUGGAAGGUCCUGAAGUUACUUUCCUCUUCCAAUUUGGACUUGUUAGAGAUACAGUAACUACACCUGCUGGUUCAUUAGGACUGAAGACAUUGAAGGACUUAGCGAGUGACUUCAUCAACAAAAAGUUUCCUGACCAUGGUCUGACUUGCCUUGGUGAAAGGCUGCUGCUGUUCCGCCAUGACCACAGUUCUGCCAACAUCUUACAGUUGGUAAACUCGGCAGCAGAAAUUAUUGAUGAAACACUGGUGGAAAUUGUUUUGACAGCCCAAAUACCAACAGAAGCAGCUCCAUUAAGGCCACACACAUUAAAUGUUCACUCUUAUAAGGCUCCAACUUUUUGUGAUUUUUGUGGUGAAAUGCUGUUUGGACUUGUUCGUCAAGGACUGAAAUGUGAAGGUUGUGGGCUCAACUUUCACAAGCGAUGUGUGGUGAAGAUUCCAAACAACUGUUCAGGGGCAGCACUUGUCUCUGGAGAUCGCAGACGAUCCUCAACCCUUGCUGUUCCACGUUCAUCCUCCCAGGGGUCAAAUUCCUCACUUGCCUCAGAUGACACUUCUCUGACAGUUCCAGGUAGUCAAGGAACAAACAGAUCACCCUCACUUGGAGGACGUAUUCGUAUUCCACACACAUUUGUACUUCACUCGUACACACGUCCUACCGUAUGUCAGGUAUGCCGGAAAUUGCUGAAAGGAAUUUUUAAACAAGGGCUACAGUGCCGGGACUGCCACUACAAUGUGCACAAAAAGUGCCUUGAGAAGGUGCCUAAAGACUGUACUGGUGAGAGCCCAAAGGAUGUUACAGGAAGUGAAUGCACUGAUAAUGGAAAUGGAAGUGACUCAGUCAGUAGUCGGUUCAAUGAAGAUAAUGACAGUGACACUGAGUCUAGUUCUCCACCUGAAGCUCGAAAAUCUUCAUCUACAGAAUCACCUGUCAGCAAUGGUUGUGAGGAUCAAAACUGUGAUGAUACUGAGCCUCUCAUCAAACGACCAACAAGUAUGUCCCCUAGUAACAAUAUUCCUCUGAUGCGAAUUGUGCAGUCAGUGAAACAUACAAAAAAGAGGGGUUCAAAAGUUAUUAAAGAAGGAUGGAUGGUGCAUUUCACUAACAAGGAUCCAACGAGGAAACGACAUUACUGGCGCCUUGACACCAAAUCAUUAACAUUAUUCCAAAAUGACACAAGCUCCAAGUAUUACAAAGAGAUUCCAUUAUCUGAGAUACUUUCUGUGGAAACAGCUCGAAGCCCACAUGGCGAUGUGAUGCAUUGCUUUGAACUCCGGACGGCCAACAUUGAUUACUAUGUGGGUGAAGACCCUCUGCAUCCUGUAGUAAGGGAAGGAAGUGUGGCAAUUCUUCCUCCAGAGGAUUCUGGUGUAGGAGUUCACUUAGCUAAAAGCUGGGAAACUUGCAUUCGACAGGCUCUGAUGCCUGUAACUUCUUCCACCAAUGCAGAUAAUAGCUCAGGCGAUUCUGAUGAAAGAGUGACUGACAUGAGCCAAGUUUACCAGAUUUUCCCAGAUGAGGUUCUUGGUUCAGGGCAAUUUGGAACAGUUUAUGGAGGUGUACAUAGAAAAACAGGUAGAGCUGUUGCUAUAAAAGUAAUUGAUAAAUCAAGGUUUCCAACAAAGCAGGAAGCUCAAUUGAAAAAUGAAGUAUCAAUUUUACACACCAUCUGCCAUGCAGGUGUUGUAAAUCUUGAACGAAUGUUUGAGACUCCAGAGAGAAUAUUUGUUGUCAUGGAAAAAUUGAAGGGUGAUAUGCUAGAAAUGAUUCUUUCAAGUGAACGUGGGCGAUUAAGUGAACGGAUAACUAAAUUCCUUAUAACACAGAUUCUUAUAGCCCUGAAACAUCUUCAUAGCAAAAAUAUUGUACAUUGUGAUCUCAAGCCAGAGAAUGUGUUGCUCAGCUCUGACUCAGAGUUUCCUCAGGUGAAACUGUGUGACUUUGGCUAUGCACGCAUAAUUGGUGAGAAGUCAUUUAGAAGAUCUGUGGUCGGUACUCCUGCCUAUCUAGCACCUGAAGUCCUUCGUAACAAAGGAUACAAUCGAUCAUUAGAUAUGUGGAGUGUUGGUGUUAUUGUUUACGUAAGCCUUAGUGGAACAUUUCCUUUCAAUGAAGAUGAAGAUAUCAAUGAACAGAUACAAAAUGCUGCCUUUAUGUAUCCAGCUAUACCUUGGAAGGAAAUUUCAUCAGAAGCAAUUGACCUCAUCAAUAAUUUGCUACAAGUGAAACAAAGGAAAAGAUUUACAGUAGAUAAAUCUCUUGCACAUAUUUGGUUGCAGGAUUACCAAACAUGGUGCGAUUUACGAGAACUAGAGAAGCAGGUUGGCAUUAGGUACCUCACUCACGAGUCUGAUGAUGCACGAUGGGAAAGUUAUCGAAGGGAACGCCUUUGACCAGCCAAAAGUUGGGUCACUGUGGCCAGGACACGCUGGAGACGUUUCAUCAAAACAUGAUGAAGAUGUUCCUGUCAAGCUCUCUAUUAGAUUUUGUAACAUAAUGUUGCAUCUGCAUGUUGCAGAUUUUACUGUUAUGUACUGCAGUUUAUUGAAUUGUUUAUUUUUGUAACAUUAUAGUGUAUAUAAUUACUCA